AGCUUCGGGAGGGCGGGAGAGAUGCUGCGGGCACCGAGGGGGCGGUCCGGGGCCACAUUCCUGAAGCUCGCUUUUGCGGCGCGCACCAUGGCUGGAGGUACCUGCAGGGGGAGACCUGGGAUCUCCAUGUGGCCCUCGGAGCACGUGAAGCCCCCGGGUGGAGAGCCCACGGUCUCGCUCUCUGAACUCCGUUCGCUGCUAGCCUCAGGCCGGGCCCGGCUCAUCGACGUGCGAUCUAGGGAGGAGGCGGCCGCUGGGACCAUCCCUGGGGCGCUCAACAUCCCGGUGUCAGAGUUGGAAAGUGCCCUGCAGAUGGAGCCAGCUGCUUUCAAGGCUUUGUACUCUGCCGAGAAGCCAAAGCUGGAAGAAGAGAACCUCAUUUUCUUCUGUCAGAUGGGCAAGAGGGGCUUGCAGGCCACACAGUUGGCACAGGGCCUUGGAUACAAAGGGGCUCGGAACUACGAAGGGGCCUAUAGAGAAUGGUUCCAGAAAGAAGGCUAGGUAGAAGGUGGUUUACUGAAUGCUCCCUCCCCCUGUCCAUGGCCACCUUUACUAAGAGUGAUGAUGGCGCUGACUUGUUGGGUUGGGUAACUUCUUAUAGUGCUGUGCACGCAAAAGCAUCAAAUAAAGAGCAUUUAAUUAAAGUA